AUGGAAAGUAAUAAUAUCGAAAUAGAUACACAAAGUAAUGCCGAAAGUGAUAAAGAUGAAUUGAAUAAUGCUAUGCCAAAAAAUUUAGCGCUAUUAGAAACGAGAGGGACUGCAAUUGUAUAUGCUGCUACUUGUGGAGAGCAAAAAUAUGCAUUAAAAAGCAUAAAAAGUAAUUUGUGUUUCAAUCUUAAAAAGUUUAUUCGUGAGUUUGCACUUCAAAAUAAAGUUGAUCAUCCCAACAUCCUUAAAAUCUACGGAUAUUCAAUAGUGAAUGAAGUUUUAGCUGAACUUAAGAGGCUAUCAACAGAUACAUCUAUCAAGUACAUUACAAAUAACACUAUUGGUUGUGCACCACGCGAUUACAGUGAAACUUUUACACAAGUUGUUCCCGAACAAAUUGAUUUUAUAAAGCCCCAAGAUAUUGUUUUCGAUGAUAAACAAAAUACACAUGAAGAUAGAGAUAAGCAAUUAAUAUAUAAAUAUUCAGACGAUCUUAAGAGACUUUUAAACAAACAGGAAAUAAAAAAUUAUGAAUAUUCCGAAUUUAGUGAUCGCAAAAUUAUUGGACGUGGAAGAUACGCAACAGUAUAUUCAGCAUCUUACAAAAAAGGCUUUUAUGGACUAAAGAGGUUGAAUAAUAACCUGCAUAAUGACGGAAAAAGUUUUCAUAGAUUUAUGCGUGAGUUUGCUCUAACGAUGCAUAUUUAUUAUCGUGAAAAAAUUAUUCCAAACACUCCGCUGGAUUAUGUUGAUAUUUACAUGAAAUGUUGGUCCUCCAAUCUGGCUGAACACCCACUUAUGAACAAAAUUAUAGAUGAUCUCUCCAGGAUCUCAGAAAAAUAUGUUGAAUAUGGACUCAUUACAAAUAAUAUUAACGAAGUUACUGAAAGGUUUAAUAUUAGAAGAGAUUCAAGUUUAAGCUCCGAACAAUCUUUUUAUAAAUUAAGCAUAUCUACAUCCAACUCAAGUUAUACACACUCCCUUUACACAUCUGAAUCGUCUUCUAUAGGAUAUAAUUUAUUCAACGAACUAUGGAAGAUGUUUUUAGAAUUAACAGACCGCGGAAAUGAUUUUUCUCAAAUUUCAAAAUUUUUGACUGAUUAUAUCAAGAAAUACGACAAAACAGAAGAAGAUAAUAAACAUAAGCCUUCUGAAAAUAAAUUAAAUGAUCUUUUGUCAGACAAAAAAUCACCUAUUUUAAAUUUGAAAAAGUUUAUAAAUUUAUAA